AUGUCGCUCUUCCUACGAACCUUGUUAGAACGCCCAGACCUCAGGUCCCUUGUGCUGCACAUUGAGUGCCAGUUUUUUCUCAGGCUACAAGGCGCUCUUUCACCUGAGACACCUCCAGAUGUCUUGCGAAAAUUGCGUGAGAAAUCCGUCAACAUAUAUGAGCAAGCGACCCAGGGAGCAAGAUCGCUAUCAGACUUGAACGCAGCUGUCCUUGACUUUGUUGCCUACUCCGGCGAUGAAGCACCGAGUGACCUUGGCGAACGAUGUCUCGCCGCUAUUCUUUGUCUUGUGCCCAAUCUCCAGUCUUUAGCCCUCCCCCCUCUCCCUCGCCCUGAAUGGUGUGUCUCGGGCUGGGUUGACGACGCGGGUAGCGAGGUCAACGACGAUGCUUCUGACUGGGAUGAUGAAGAUAUGAUAAAUGGCGAGUACCAAACACUCAAUUCGUUGCUUGGACUGCUCCGCGAAUACGACAGUGUUUCGCACAAAGUACUCCACAGGCUGAUGCAUCUGCGAUUCACCUACUGCCCCGGCUAUAUACCUGACAACUUCUCCAAGAUGAGAGAAGGGCUCCUAUCACUAAGAUAUGAAUGGCCUCAAUACACAUUCCGAAUCUCGGCAUGCAUUAAUCUUCUUCGAUGCCCGAAUCUAAAGGAGGUCGUGUUAGACUCUCUCGGAACCCUAAAAGAUUUCCACGGAAUUCUUCCACGUCUCGCCUCUGCACCAGGAUACAACUUCCAACGACUUCACCUCGUAACUUCGUCAAGCACUGAGCUAGCACUGGACAAGAUCAGCAACAUGCUGCAACUAUCCCAGCUUACUGUAAACUGCCCAGACUAUGCGCCAAUUACCAAGGACCGAGAUAAGAGAGCAGUUUCAAGUCGUUCAGGCGGCUAUACUGGCCCACCCCUAUGGGACUCGGCGUUGACGAAGCUGGGGGAGAAUCUGGUUGCUCUUGACCUGCGCAACAUCUGCACCUCUCAAGACAUGGACUAUUUCCAUCUGACCUGCCUCAAAUCCAUGGCCAAGCUGGAGCAUCUGUCGAUCUGCCUCCCACUCAUCAACCCCGUUGAGAAAUUCCAAUCGCGUCCGCUCCAUGCCGUUCUGCCCUGCUCGCUUAAGUCGCUGGACUUGUAUGACUGGGCCUGCCACUUUACCAGCAACGGGGUCAUCGGCCAACUUAACAAAUUGGACCUUUUUACUACUAUUGAGCUUCGAUUUCACGUACUUGCCGAAGGGGUUUUGCGCAUAUAUAAGAGAGCACUGACAGAUAUUCUACGCACAUUCGGCCUAGCUUGCAAAGCGUCGCACCCGAGCCUGCGGUCUCUCUGCGUAUUUGCAUUUAAGCCAGAGCCUAGAACAUCCUUGUUCGAGGACCUGCCGCCCAUGGAAGGGAUCAAUCCCGACCAGAAAGACAUAGAGUGCCUUUUUGAGGCCAACGGGGUCAGGUUCCGGGGAUAUGUACUUGGAGGUUUUGAGUCAUCCCCGUUCCGGGGCGCGUAUGCAGAAUUGUAUGAAUAG